AUGGUUUAACCCGUUCCCCACAGUGCGCGAGACAGAGAGCACAAAGGAAGCGCAUCCACUGGUGCUUUAGGAGGGCUAUCAUAGGAAAAGCAUGAUGUAAACACGGAAUAAAAACCGCAGGGCAGCAUCUCCAUUUCCCGUCGCACUGGUCCAUUAUCAGCCUUCAAUAUUACAUGAGGUACCGGCCGACAACAGCGCGGUCUGUCUGGACACCAUGUGAGAAAAGCCAACCGGAGUUCAGCUUUGUUUCAUCUUCGCUUCAGGCUUUUUCUGGAGUUGCUCGCUCUUUUCUUUUUCUUCCUCUUUUUGUCUUCUUUUUUCCCCCUUUUGGACCGAGCCUGGUUCACAUGAUGUUGGGUUUUCCAAGCAGACAAGUGGAGAUUUUCUUCUUUUUUUUCUAAAACAGCUGGACUCGGGGAUGAUAAAGGAAACACACGCUGAUAUGUUGCAUUUCUGAGGUGGACACGUCUCCAUGGCUGAGGCCCACUGAUCCAGUCACCUGACACGCCCCCUCCACCCCUCAGCCCCGCCCUCCUCUCUUCCCCCCCAAUGCCGCCCCCCUUCGCUGCAGUCACCAUGGCGUCCUCCACCAGCCACCUGCUGGGUCUGGCUGAGGCGGGGCUGAGGUGUGACCAGGAGAUAGAGAGGAGAUAUGAGAUCGUUCCCUCGGUGGUCUGCUCCAUGUGCUGCCUCUUUGGAAUCAUCUACUGCUUCUUUGGCUAUCGCUGCUUCAAGGCCGUGUUGUUCCUCACAGGCCUCAUGUUUGGCUCUGUGGUCAUCUUCAUGCUGUGCUACAAGGAGCGGGUGAUGGACACUCAGCUGAGCGUGGAGGCGUCGGUGGGCAUCGGCCUGGGCAUCGGGACCCUCUGUGGCCUGGUCACCAUGUUGGUCCGCAGUGUGGGGCUGUUUAUGGUGGGACUGCUGCUGGGUCUGCUGGUCGGAGUGGCUUCACUGGUGGUGAUGGAGGAGUUCUACCACCCUAGAACCGUGUGGGUUCCUCUGGGUAUUCUCCUGGGUUCUGGCACGCUGUUUGCCGUCCUCACACUUCAGUGGCAGCGCUGCUUCGUCACCUUAUCCACCGCCACCUUCGGCUCCGCCAUCAUCACCGUCACCGUGGAUUACUUCAUAGAGCUCUUCGCCUUGGUGCACUACAUCUACGAGAGGCUGCGGGUGGCGCCGAAGAAGCCCGUGUGCUGGUUUACUUGGGUCAUCAUGGGGGUGUGGCCUGUUCUGGCUCUCCUCGGAGUUCUGAUCCAAUGGAAAGUCACAGCAGAAGGAUUUUCCCAUACAGAAGUGGUUUUGAGUCGACAGCAGCGGAGGGUGCAGCUGAUGAGGAUCCGGCAGCGGGAAGAGAGGCUGAAAAAGGAGAAGGAGAACAAGAAGAAGAAGAAACGAGAGACCCAGAAGCCCAUCCUAAAGCAGAAGUCCCACACAUCCCAUCGCCACCACCACCAGCAGUACCACCACCCAGCAGCGUCCCACCCUCACCACCAGGCCCAGAGCUCCCAGCCCCCCAAAGUCCCUCCUCCUCAGACCGAACCCGGCUACCACCGCAAGGCCAACCCCAAGAGGCGCUUCGAUGGAGACGUGCUGUCACCGAGCUACAUCAGGAGUUUCAGGGACAGACAGACAGACAGACGAGCGUAUUCCCACAAUAGAAUGAUGAGCCGAUCCCGGAUGGCUGAACUGGACUACGACUGCGGCUCUCGGGUUCCCCUCACGGCCUCCAGCGGACCCCCGGUCCGCAUCUGAGACCAGCACUCCGAACCACACGCAGCCACACCAGGCUACUUCAACCUGUUUGUCACAGUUAGGAAUAAAACCCCUAAAACCCUACUGUGGCAACAUAAUAAACUGCCUAUCAACCCAACAGGAUCUCAAACGGUCCCAGUAAGGUGGUGAGUCCCACACUGGUUUCCUCCUCUCAGACUUGUAAGAAGUUGUAUUUAUUUGGCCAGUUUGGUCCCGUUUUGUUCUUUAUGUUCGUCGAGACACAAGAGCAGAGCCUCUUGUGGAUGGAGCAUGAACUGAUUGCUUGGUUGAAUCUCAAACAUGAGUCAUCACUUCCUGUAUUCAGCUUCAAAACCUCUUACUGGUCUUGAAGACACUGGAAAUAAUGGGGCCUGUCUAGUGGGGGGACUUGAUUGGCACUUCUCUAUUGAAUAUUUGAUUUAAAGAAUUGUUACUUCAAGCCAUGAGAAGUCAUUUCUAGUGGAAGAAAUAAUCAAAACACUCAUUUCUCCACUUGAGGGCUGCAGCGUUUCAGAUAAAGAAAAUCAUCUCACGGUAGCACAACCUUCAAAAAAAACCUUCCACCGUAUCUGUAGUUCAAGGGCAAUUAAGGAGGAAGAGUAUUUACUUGAAGAGUUUCAGAUGGAGUGCCCUCGAGGAAAAUGACGGGAAAAACAACAACAAAGACAGCAGCUAACACUGGAACAAAGAGGCAGCUCUUCUUCAUCGUUUCCUCCACUGGAAGGUCACCGUGUGAAGUCAGAUGUAUAUAAAGUCAGUCUGUUAUCUCCACUGACAGCCUGCAAAUCCAGACACGGCAGCACAAGUCUGCUGCUGCUUCAAAAUGCAGAACAGGGACUGCUGCUUUUGGGUGCGCAUAGGAUCAAAGAGUUCACACCGAGGACAAUUUUUGUGUCAUUUCACCCGGCAACACUCCAUGUGUCAUCGCCUACAUUGGUGCCAUUUUCCAGCUCGUCGUUCUCCUUUUGCCCUCGACGGCCGGCUGUUUUAACUUGGACCUGAGCAGCAGACACAUCCCAUCUUCUUCCCA